GUGGGUGGUGCCUGCAUUCGCAGCCCGUGCUUCGGCAGGUGCAUCCCGCAAAGUCUGGGCAGCGCAGCUCCGCGCAUCUCUUAAGGCCUGGGCAGGUCCAGCCUAUGCAUCCUACAAGGGCUGAGCAGAUCUAGCUAGAGCAUCCUUCAAGGCCUGGGCAGGUCCAGCCAGCGCUCCACACCUUGACCCUGCAAAGCUUGCAGAAAGGAACUGCGUCCAGGACAGGACCAGCGUCCCCAGGCUUGCUUCAGCACCCAAGGCCUUUCGCUCUGAUUCUCCAGGUACCUGUGGCUUGACUUUGGCCAGCAUGGUCCAACCUCAGACCUCCAAAACUGAAAGCCCAGCCUCUGCCCCUGGUGCCAGCGCUCAGAUGGAUGACGUAGUUGACACCCUGACCUCCCUGCGUCUCACCAACUCUGCGCUGAGGCGUGAGGCCUCCACACUGAGGGCGGAGAAGGCCAACCUCACUAACAUGCUGGAGAGUGUGAUGGCUGAGCUAACUCUGCUGCGCACCCGGGCGCGCAUCCCUGGCGCUCUGCAGAUCACCCCACCUAUCUCUGCCAUCACCUCCAAUGGGACCCGACCCAUGACCACGCCACCCACCUCGCUGCCUGAACCUUUCUCCGGAGACCCUGGACAGUUGGCAGGGUUCCUGAUGCAGAUGGACAGGUUCAUGAUCUUUCAAGCCUCCCGCUUCCCCGGUGAAGCCGAGAGAGUGGCCUUCUUGGUAUCCCGUCUGACUGGGGAGGCGGAGAAGUGGGCCAUCCCCCACAUGCAACCAGACAGCCCUUUGCGAAACAAUUACCAGGGGUUUCUGGCUGAGCUACGCAGAACCUACAAGCCCCCGCUGAGGCACUCACGGCGAGCACAAAUCCGGAAGACCUCUGCGUCCAAUAGGGCCGUUCGGGAACGGGAGCGGGAGCGGCAGAUGUUGUGUCGCCAACUGGCCACAGCUGGCACAGGAACCUGCCCGGUGCAUCCAGCCUCCAACGGGACCAGUCCCGCACCAGCCUUGCCCUCUCGCGGCCGGAACCUUUAGGGAUCUGCCACUACCCUGGUAGUCUGUGUCCAUCCAGGUAGCUAGACUCCAUUGUUGAGAAAAGUUGUCAAUACAGUAGCAUUGCCCUGUUUGAUGCACCCUUCACGCCUCUCUGAUCUUCGGGAGGCCACCCUGCCAUCUGCAUUGGUCACCCACCUUACUGUGAAUUUUUUUUUUCUUUGCUAGCUUUACCUGCGACUCAGUGCAUGCUCCUCCUUCUGUUGCUUGCAAUCCCAGCCUUUCUAGCAGUCACAACACAGCCCCUUGGGCAUGUGCCUGCCCAGGAACCAUUUAGGCUACCCACCUCUGCGAGCUCAGCUCAUGGAUACUCAGCUUCUGGAGCACUUCCUACGACGGGGGCCUUGGGAGUUCCCUUCCUGAGCAUUCCAGGUAGAAGGAAGCUUGGCCUGGCAGGCGGCUGAUGUAUGUCUGAACCAGCCUGUCUAUAUCUGGUCACUUUGCAAGAUGGCUAGGUAGUCGCUCUGCAUCCCAGGGAUACUUUCCUCUGUUGGGGGGAGCCUGCAUUCCAGCAUAUUCCACUGCUGUUGCUGGGAAGGUCUCUUCCUUCAUAGACAUCCUGCCAGCCUCUCUUGUCCGUGGAAGACUCCUCCACAUCUGCCCAUGCCUGCCAGUGUUCUCAUGGCAUUAAGGAAAUUCAGCAUUCAUCGGCCAAGUUAAUUGUGGACCCGGGACCACAGGCAGCAGAUUCCUAACAUUCACGCCUCAGCUCCAGCAGACUGAGGGGGACCCUGGGGACCCCAUUUGAUGCCUGGACUUCCAGGGAGAGGCUCACAGGUGUCCACUCAUUCCUGCCCACGUGGCUCCAUGGUGGGCCUUGUCUAGCUACAAACUUCCCCUUUCCACCCAGGUGCCGUGUGGCUUUCACCUCAACCUUUCAGCCACCCACACCGUCUCUAGGCGUCCAAGGAACCUACGCAACAUACCGUCUGUGUUCCUGGGCCUAACUUCUAGCCUCCGUCCGAGAACAAAAGACUGGGGGCCAGUUCCUCUGGGAGACUCUGAGCAUCUUUAGUAGGGCGCGUUGGCUUCUUGCUGCCCCAGUCUGAAGAACUGGCGACGAGUGACUGACUGUUUUGGUUCUCAAGCGGACACACGUCCCUGUUUCGAGGAGCAAAACCUCAUAGGAAGAUGAGCUCAUGAUGGUACUCAGACUCAGCCAAGCCUCUGGACAAUGACGUUAUCUGUCAUUCCAAUGCCAAAUGAACUGUUUACAUACCCACCUGGCCCCUCAGGGGGAGAUGGGUGCCUCUCCUGGGUUUUCCUGCCCUCCUCUGCAUGGUCUUGGCUUGACCAAAACAACAACAACAACAACAACAACAACCGCCUCUGCACCCAUGGAAAGACAUCUCUCUCCUCUUGGGAUCUCAGAGGCUGGGGCCGGGAACCUGGCCUUUUCCAGAGACUUCCUCCAUCACUGGAAAAAGUGACUGAUUGUAAGCAACGCAAGCACCUUUGCAAGGCCAGGAGUCUUCGAUGCUCACUGGGCUCACAGCCCACAGCCACCUGCUUCUUGAUAAAACUCUGUUAGCCUAGCAGCCUCCCUGAACAGCCAAGGCACCCCGCUGGCACCAUGGUGCUAUAAGCAGGUGGAAGACUCCCCGGGUUCCAUUGAGAGUACUCACCUGUCCCCAGCAGCUGAGUCUCAAUGCAUGACCUUCCGGUAGAGGGGUCCCCAGGUGAAGCUACAGCUGCACCAGAAAAAUGGGGGGUAGGGAGGAGGUGUCUGUGGAGGCAGGCGACAACUGGAAGGUUUCUUUGUGGCCUUCCAAGUUGAGGUUAAGAGACCCACCCACUGGGGACGCAGGUGACCUGCCCUGGCUCCCUGGACCACUGGGUGCUGGCUGUGUUUGCAUUAGGUUCUGCUUUAGAGCCCUGAGUAGAUACUGGAGCCCAAGCUGCCCGAGUCAGAGCCACGCAGGCUGCCUGUCUCCAGGUGUGGCUUAUCAUCUUCCUUUGCAUCUGGUCUGACCCACCUGGGCCACUCUGCCUCAGUGGGUCCCUGGUGCUGCUCUGGUGGCGUCUUGGAGACUGCUUUGUUUCUUGAUGCUUAUGUUUAUGAGAACGGGAUGGUGAUGCCAUGGUUUUAGGACCAUGUCAGUGACUCUCUGUGGCUGGCAGCCUGGAGCACAUGAGAGAGAGUUGAGGCUUGCCCUCUACUCUGGACCUGGAAGAGCCACUUGGGAUCUGUUGCUGAGGAACCCAUGGUGACUGUCGUUGGGGGCAUGGUUAGUCCCCAGCCAAAAUGACAAGGUACAGGGCCCAUGCAGCUCCAGAGGGAGACUGUGAUAACUGGCCUCAAAGCUGAGGAAAAGGGGGAGGGGAGGCUUAAGGUUCUAGUUUCUUGAGCUCAGAGGAGAACAGGGAGAGGGCAUGGAGGAGUUGGUGUAUGAAGGAGUUGUGCCAUUCCACAUUGACGGUCGUGGCAGUACUGCCGUCUGCUCUCCAGACUCUGUGAGACCCAUCUGGUAAGCAAGGCUUCACUGUAUUCAGCAUCUAAUUGACAGCGGGACCUGGCAUUUGGGUGACUUCCCAGCCUAGUGUUUACUGUGACCUUGGGAUUAUCUCCAUGUCCCAAAGCAUUCAGUAACUGUGAGGAAACAGCAAAGACCCAGCUCCUUAUCCCCAGCUAAGUAAGUGAUAAGGUGUGCGUGCUCUGUGUUAGUACAUAUUGCUCAGCCUGAGACAGGUGCCUGUUACUGCAGAGGACGGAGUCACUACUGGAUGAGCAUGCCCUGGGCAUCAGCUUGCAGGGGGAGUGAAUGGCGGUGAGGAAGCUGGCAUAGGCCUAGGGUGACUUAGGGAGCAAGCCUGGGGCUUAGCUGGGAC